CUUUCCGGUGUGGCGGCGUGAGGGAGGCGGAGGCGAUGCCGACCGGGGAGUACGACUCCAAGCCCAGCUGGGCUGACCAGGUGGAGGAGGAGGGAGGAGAAGAUGUCGUCAAUGGCAACAUCAAAACCAUCACCGAGUACCGCGAGGAGGAGGACGGGCGCAAGGUCAAGGUGAGCUGGGGGCUCAGGUGGGCUCAGGUGAGGUCAGGUGGGGGCUCAGGUGAGCUCAGGUGGGGUCUGGUGAGCUCAGGUGGGCUCAGGUGGGGUCUGGUGAGCUCAGGUGUGCCAGGUGUCCCCAGGUGUGUUCUGGGUGUCCCUAAGUGUCCCCAGGUGUCCCCAGGUACACUCAGGUGUCCCCAGGUGUCCUCACCUGCCCCACAGGACCUGAACUGCCAGGAGCAGGAGGACCCCAUGAACAUCCCUGGGUGUCCCCAAGUGUCCCCAGGUGUCCCCAGGUACACUCAGGUGUCCCCAGGUGUCCUCACCUGCCCCACAGGACCUGAACUGCCAGGAGCAGGAGGACCCCAUGAACAUCCCUGGGUGUCCCCAGGGGGUUAUCAGGGGUGCCCAGGUGUGCCCAGGUACACUCAGGUGCCCUCACCUGCCCCACAGGACCUGAACUGCCAGGAGGAGGAGGACCCCAUGAACAAGCUGAAGGGUCAGAAGAUCGUGUCCUGCCGCAUCUGCAAGGGCGACCACUGGACCACGCGCUGCCCCUACAAGGACACGCUGGGGCCCAUGCAGAAGGAGCUGGCCGAGCAGCUGGGGCUGUCCACGGGGGAAAAGGAGAAACUUCCAGGGGAGCCGGAGCCGGUGGCUGCCCAGGUGAGCAAGACGGGCAAGUACGUCCCGCCCAGCCUGAGGGACGGGGCCAGCAGGAGAGGGGAGAGCAUGCAGCCCAACAGGAGAGCCGAUGACAACGCCACCAUCCGCGUCACCAACCUGUCGGAGGACACGCGCGAGACCGACCUGCAGGAGCUGUUCCGCCCCUUCGGCUCCAUCUCCCGCAUUUACCUGGCCAAGGACAAAACCACGGGGCAGUCCAAGGGUUUCGCCUUCAUCAGUUUCCACCGGCGCGAGGACGCUGCCAGAGCCAUCGCCGGCGUCUCCGGCUUCGGCUACGACCACCUGAUCCUCAACGUGGAGUGGGCAAAGUGCGCAC